AUGGCUUCCUGUCCCGUGCUGCAGAGGGAAACACUGUUCCAGUCAGGUGACCAUGCCUACAGAAUCCCAGCUCUGCUCUACCUGCCUCAUCAGAAGACCCUGCUGGCUUUCUCGGAGAGGCGGGUGAGCAAGAGGGAUGAGCAUGCGGAAUUGAUUGUCCUGCGCAGAGGGGACUAUGAUGCGUUCACCCACCAGGUCCAGUGGCAAAAUCAGGAGGUGAUAGCCCAAGCCCAGUUGGAGGAUCACCGGUCCAUGAACCCAUGCCCCUUGUAUGAUGAGAAGACCGGGACUCUUUUCCUCUUCUUCAUCACCAUUCCAGGGCAGAUCUCUGAACACCACCAGAUUCACACAAAGGUCAACGUGACGCGGCUGUGCCAAGUCACCAGCGCCGACCUGGGGAAGACCUGGAGCCCCAUCAGGGACCUUACCAGCACCGCCAUUGGCUCUGCCUACAGGGAAUGGGCCACCUUUGCGGUGGGCCCGGGCCACUGUCUGCAGCUGCACAAUGAAACCCGGAGUCUAGUGCUACCUGCCUACGCUUACCGGAACCUUCACGCUCUUCAGACACCUCCCCCUUUUGCCUUUUGCUUCCUCAGUCAUGACCACGGGUAUUCCUGGGAGCGAGGACACUUUGUGGCCAAGGACACCCUGGAGUGUCAGGUGGCAGAAGUUGGGGUUGGGGAGCAGAGUAUGGUGUAUCUCAAUGCCAGAAGCAUCCACAGAUCCAGGAUUCAGGCACACAGCACCAAUGAUGGGCUCAACUUCAAGGAGCCCCAACCAGUGAAGAAGCUCGUGGAACCUCCCCAUGGCUGCCACGGGAGUAUCAUCAGCUUCCCCAGCCCCCAGACGGGGUCCGCCUCCUCAGACAAUUGGCUACUCUACACUCACCCAACGGACCCCAAACACAGGACCAACCUGGGAGUGUACCUCAACAAGAAGCCUUUGGACCCCAAAACCUGGUCGGAGCCUUCUCUGCUAGCCACGGGCAGCUGUGCCUAUUCUGACCUCCAAAGCAUGGGGGCUGGGCCUGAUGGGUCUCCCCAGUUUGGGUGCCUGUACGAAUCUGAUAAUUACCAGGAGAUUGUCUUCCUCCUGUUCACCCUGAAGCAAGCUUUCCCAGCUGUGUUUUGA